UACUUGCAAAUAUCUGCUUAAUGGAUAAUUGAUUUUCGAUGUCAUGUUGCUUAGUCUAAAGCAUUUGUAACAGGCAUCGUUAUGAAGUAAAGUUUUGGGUGUUUAUUUCCCAUCGGAGUCGAAAAACGACUAACGAGUGCUGUUUUCUUCUGUGUCAUAAAUACCGAUUGUCGGAUGGGUAGUUUUUUUGCAUUUUGACGAAAAUAUCAUGUCCGCAAAUAGAUCACCAGGGAUGAUAAAGCGUCUUGCUGACAUGAGCAUAGAUGAUUUCAUGAACUCGGGUUUGAAUGACAGCAGCAGUGAAACAGCAAGCAUUGGUGGAACCAGCGAUGAUAGCCCAAAAAAGCUAAAGAAAGGCAAGAUAGCCAAUCAGAAAAAAGGAGGGAAAGUUGAACAAGCUGCAAAGAAGAUACAAGAAAGUAUUCCGAAAGUUCAUCAGCACAAAAAGUCCUUACAGAAGUUGAAGGAGACUGAUCCUGAUUUUUACAGUUUCUUAGAAAGUCAGGAUAAAGAUCUUUUAGAUUUCAAUGACAGUGGAAGCGACGAUGACGAAGAUGAUGAUGAGGAGGAGGAAGAGGAGGCAAAUGAAAUGGAAGAUGAAUCCAGUGAUGAAAAUGAUGAGUUAGUGAGGAAGCUAGAGGCAGAUAGCGAUGACAAUGACAGCGAUGAUGAACUUUAUCACCAACCCCCUGCAGAACUGGAGGUAGCAAGUGAAAGUGAUGAAGAAAAGCCAACAGAGAAGUCCACCAAGAGAACAGGUACAGGAAAGAAGACCUUGGUAAACAUGAAGAUGCUAAAAGAAUGGGGAAAGUCACUCAAGAAGACUCACUCUUUGGCUGCCCUUCACAAAGUUGUCCAGGCUUUCAAAGCUGCUGUUCUUCAGACAAAAAGUGAGGAGUCCAAGAUGUGCCACUAUGUUGUGGAGGACAGUAAAGUUUUCAAUGGAGUCAUAAGACUGUGUUUGUCAUCUGUUCUGCCAACCGUCGAGAACCACUUAGAGCUUACACCAUCUAAAGACCCCAAAAAUCCAACUCUACCAGAUACCAGUCCUCGUUGGAGAAGAGUAAAACCUGACGUCCAGGCAUAUUUGAAAAAUCUUCUCCGGAUGGUGUCAGGGAUGGCGGAGGCGGCGCUUGUGAAUGUUCUCCUGAGGCAUAUCCAUCAGCUGUUGCCAUAUUGUCUCUGCUUUCCAAGGAUAUUGAAGAACUUGAUGAAGAUGCUGAUCAACACGUGGUGCACUGCUGAAGAGACCACUCGAGUUCUAGCAUUUGUCACCUUAAUCAAGCUUGUCCACAUGAGGCAAGACACACUACUGGAGCCAUGUAUAAAGAAAAUGUACAUGGCAUACAUCAAGAAUUGUAAAUUCACAUCUCCAACGUCAUUGCCACUGAUUAACUUCAUGCAGCGCUGUCUGGUGGAGUUGUUUGCAAUCGAUGUCAAUCUUGCCUACCAAUACACCUUCAUUUACAUUAGGCAGUUAGCCAUUCAUUUACGAAAUGCAUUGACUAUUCGGAAAAAGGAAACGUGUCAAUCUGUGUACAACUGGCAAUACAUCCAUUCGUUGACACUGUGGGUCCGUCUGUUAUCCACCCUGCAUCCAAAUGAUGUAAUGGAUCCCCUCAUCUACCCUCUUGUACAGACAAUCAUCGGCACUGUCAAGUUAGCUCCUACAGCUCGAUAUUAUCCACUUCGGUUUCAUUGCAUCAGGGCAUUGAACAAACUCUCAGAAUCAACUAGCACAUUCAUACCAGUGCUACCAUUGAUUCUAGAGGUUCUGGAAUCAACCGAUUUCAACAAGCGCCACAAGUCCUCCAGUUUCAAGCCAUUCAAUUUUGCUUGCAUACUAAAGUUCUCCAAAGCACAGAUAGAAGAGAAGGGAUUCAAGGAUGGUCUGGUUGAACAGUUGUAUGAUCUAUUCAUGGAGCAUUUCCACAUUCAUUCGCACACUGUCGGUUUCCCUGAACUGGCCUUGCCUGCUGUGAUACAGAUCAAGGAUUUUAUCAAGAAGUGUAAAGUUGCUAACUUCACAAAGCAACUGAGGCAGAUCCUUGAAAAGGUGGAAGAAACAUCCAAAACAAUAACACAGCGGCGGACGUCAUCUGCUCUUGAUCUGAAGAAUCUGAAGGCUGUUGAUGCUUGGGAAGUUCGCAGCAAAACUGAGGGAACACCGCUGUCUAAAUACUAUGCCACUUGGAGGAAACUCAGAGACAGAGAGUUGAUGCAUGAGAUUGCUGGAAAGGAAAGGAUUGUUGGUGAUGACCGUCUGCCAUCCAUAGAGAGGCCUGACAAGAUCAGGAAAGCGUCUGAAGAUGAUAGAAAAGAAUUCUCUGAACUUUUUGAUACAGAAAGUGACGAAAGCGAGGAGGAUGAUACUAGGUUCCUCUUGCGAUCUGAAAGACCAAAGAAGAAGAAAACGAAGAAGGAACAAAGUGACAGUGACUCUCAAGAGUACAGUGAUUUUGAUAGUGAUGAAUUGGAACAGUUGGCAGGUUCAGCCAGUGGGGGAAGUGAUGAUGAUGAUGAUGAUGAUGAUGAUGAAAAUGAUGAUGUGGAAAUGGAUGAUGACGAAGAUGAUGCUGGGGAUAGUGACGAAAGUGAUGAAAUUCCAGAUAAGGAGGAUAUUGUGGAAGAUUUUGCAUUUUCGGACGAUGACAAUUAAGUUCACAUGAACUUUUAGGCUUGAAUUGCCCAAAUGAUGCCAAAGUACCCACAUGAGUAUAUUGUGUUUCAUUUAGUCUCCUGAUGCAUUGUUUAAAAUGGCUAUAUCUCCAAACAUCUCUUUCAUCAGAUGUGAUAUUUGUUGUAUAUCGUCUCAUGUUACUAAGAGGUUGAUUCAUCUGGAAAGAGUCAAAUAAAAAUCACUUAAUCACUUAA